AUGGCAGCAUCCGCACUUGAAAAGUACGGAAAGCCCUGCCAGCUUCUCGGGAAGGGCGCCAACGGAGUCUGCUACCUCGUCCGUCGUCAGUCGGAUCAUAAGGUGUUUUGCGUCAAGGAGUUUAGACGCAAGAAGGAUUCCGAGACGCAAAGGGAGUAUGUGAAGAAGUUGACGAAUGAGUACUGCAUUGGGACUCUGCUGCACCACCCCAACGUCGUCGAAACGCACGACAUCAUCUUCGAAAAAGGCCACUGCUACGAAAUCAUGGAACUCUGCGAAGGCGGCGACCUCUUCGAAGCCAUCUCCUCCCAAUCCCUCUCGCAAGAAGAAUCCGACUGCGUCUUCGCCCAACUCAUCCACGGCGUCGCCUACCUGCACUCCACAGGUGUCUGCCAUCGCGACCUCAAACCCGAAAACUGCCUCUUUGACGACAAGAAUCACCUCAAGAUCAUCGAUUUCGGCUCAGCCGAUGUCGUCAAAUCCCCCUUCGAGACCCAAUGCAGGAAAUCAUCCGGGCGCUGUGGAUCUGGUCCUUACAUGGCCCCCGAGGAAUUCACUCAAAAAUCCUACGACGGCCGCAAAGUCGACGUCUGGGCCUGCGCCAUAAUUUACCUCGCCAUGAUGUUCCAGCGCUUCCCGUGGCAAUCGGCCGUCGCCUCCGAUUCCAACUACACCGAGUACGUGACCUCCGGGUGCAAGACCAAGUUCUUUGACCGGUUGCCUGAGGGGCCGCGGAGGGUGUUGAAGAAGAUGUUGGAACCGGAUCCGGAACGGAGGUAUACGAUUGAUGAGUGUCUUGAGGAUGCGUGGGUGAAGAAGAUUUUGACGGGAGGGGAGUGUCGGGAGAAGCAUCGGCAUGGAAAGUGUAAGAUCAAGAAGUAG